AUGUACACCCAUGGAUACAGGAGUGAUCAGUGUGAAAAAAGCCCUGAGACUGGUCUCCUACACAGAGCUGUGUCUACAACCUCCCCAAGAGGAAACCUCAGCCUCUCUGAUGCUGGGACUUACUACUGUGCUGUGGCCACAUGUGGGGAGACACUGUUUGGGAACAGGACCAAGCUGGACAUUCAAUGUAAUUCUUUCACUUAUUUUACCAAUUUACCAUUUCCAGAGUUUUAUAGCAUGCAAAUUGGUAACCUGUAUUGUAAGAUAAAGUGUACUAUUACCUGAUAUUAUUCCAAUAAAACAUUUAUUGAAAAUGAACAGAUUGAAAUCAUCAAAUCCUUUGGUUUCAGAGUAUGAUUUUCCCAUGACUCUUACCGCUCUUGCACUGGUUGUGAUUGGGAUCAUUCUACUGUCAUGUGGGAUAUGCAAGGAAACGAACAGAGGACCUAGAGGUAUAGAAAGACUCGUCAUUUGCAUCUAACGUGCAUAUUAAUAGCUACUAAUCGACGUACUGUUAGUUUCACAGUAAUGUUCGACGAUGUGUCCAUGUAAGAGGAAAAUAUUACUGCUUCAAUAAGAUUGCUCGUAUACUGUACUUAAUGUCAUUUUUUUCCUUUCUGUUUUUAAUCUGAAGUGAUAGAUUACCAACCGCACCAGUCGAUCAGUAAACUUGAACACAUAUUCUCCCCAUUAUAAAUUAUUAGACUAUUAUUUUUAUUUUAUUAUUAGAUACAUAGAUUAUUAUUUAUUUAUUUAUUUAUUAGUAGAUACAUUAUUAUAUUUUAACGAUCAGAGACCUGAUCUCUAAGUAAAGGUUGCAUAAAAUGCCGAAAAAUUGGAAAAUAUCAUUUAAUCCUCACACUAUUGUGUUUAUCUUCUAUGAUCAAUGUAUGCAGCGAAGCUCACAAUACCUUUAAGGUAUACUAUAGUGUGACUAAAAGCCAAUGCCUCCUGCCAAACGCAUGUGUUCUUCCGUCAGUGAUCUACCUGGUGCAGUCAGAGGAGCGCCCCCUAUUGGUUAACACCACCAACUCCAGCCAUGUUAUCCACACAAGGGGGUGGAUAGAAUGCCCAAUAGAAUGAUUGAACCCAACUGUAAUGGGUGUCAUCACUGUGAAACAGAUUUUUUUGUAUAUUUACUGUAAUCCAGAUCCUUUAUUUAAACGUUAUUACUUUAAAAUGGAAAAUAUACAGUAUGGUUUCACAAACUUAAAAGGUCAUUUCUGGGAACCUCUAUGAUGAUAAACUACAGUCGAUAACUAAUAUUUUAUCAUUCUCUCUAAAACCCAAAUGAAAGAGUGUAAAAUCAGGGAUUGGUUGUAGGAAAAAAAACUGUCUGUGGUCAUUGUAUGCCUCUAUGGCUCUCACACCAUGUCCCGCCCCUAAUCAUAAAUCACUUUCUAAUAAAGAUUGUAGUCCUUCCUUCUGGACUGGCAGUGUAGAUCUAAACACAGAAUGGCACGAUAUGUUUACCAGCUCUUGUAAAUCUAUGGCUUGUGUAAGUUAUCUAAGUCAUUACGAGUUUAUGAUUCAUAGUUGAGACUAGGUUUAGGUAUAGUAAUGCAUGAGUGAACAGAAAGUUCUAUGUUUGGAAUUGUUUCUAAACCUUUGUCUUCUCUCUUUCAGAUCUGACCCCUGUUGUGUGGUCUCCUCCUCCUCCCUCAGUGGUGGUCCAUCCCGGAGAUAAUGUCACUUUGCAGUGCAUCAAUGUCCCCUGGAUCUCCAGGACACGUUGGCUUUGGGUUUAA